AUGUCAAAUGCAGUGUCUACAUUACCAUCGUUAGAUACAAUUGCAUCAAAUAUUCAGAUCGAGCUGUCUCAUACUCGAAGACAGAGCACGAAUACUUUACUUAACCAAGUUAAAAAGGAUGCAAAAAUACAAGGACUACUACGUAAUAAUGCAUUUUGUCGAAAAAUUAUAUCGUUACUUUCAUUAAUGAAAUCAUACAGUAACGAGGAUGACCAAAGUAAAGCCCUAGAUAUCAUACUUGCAUCGCCAAUUUACGAGCGAUUAGAAAAAGAAGGAAAGAGCAAUUCUUCAGAUUACACAGACAGAUUGGUCAAACAGUUGCUUAAAUGGUAUAAGGAAGAAUUCUUUAAGUGGGUCGACAAACCAGAAUGUCCCAAGUGUGGUAACACGGAACAAGAUAAGAUACAAAGAGUAUGGGGUGGGCGACCACAUUUAAAAGAGCAUUUUGAAGGUCAAGCCUCUAUUGUGGAGCAAUAUCAGUGCCAAAAAUGCAAAAAUAUUAUAGAAUUUCCAAGGUAUAACAAAGCAAGCAAGCUAUUGGAGACUAGAAGAGGAAGGUGUGGUGAAUGGAACAAUUGCUUUAUUCUUUUGAUGAAAUCGUUAGGGCUUAAAGUGAGGUAUGUCUGGAAUAUGGAAGACCAUGUUUGGUGCGAAUAUUUCUCGGACAAUUUGCAAAGAUGGGUACAUAUAGAUUCCUGUGAAAACGCAUUUGACAAUCCUCUUUUAUACAGUAAAGGUUGGGGAAAGAAAAUGUCAUACAUUUUCGCGAUAUCUGAUCAUUACAUCGUCGAUGUUACGGGAAAGUAUGUUGAACAUGGCUCUAAAAACGUUAUACCGAGGGACAAAAUAGACGAGGAUGAUUUGAAAAUGGUUCUUGCGGCCUUGAACUUAUCAUUAUUAUCGCAAAUUGAUGAUGAUAAGACUCUUCUUGAGGUUUCAUCUAAUAUGAUACUUGAUCAUAAUACAAUGAAAAACAACUCCAUUCUACCAGUAAAAAUACAGGAUUGCAUUCCACCUAGACAAAGUGGUUCGGCUGAAUGGAAAAAUGAGAGAGGAGAAAACGGAAAAGAUUGA